AGAAGAAACACACAAACAAACAGCGGCGCUAUGAGCGAACAGAAAUGGAUUCAGACGUUAUCUCAGUUUCAGGCUCAGUAUCGUGGUUGUGUGAUGAGGAGAGGACUGAGUUUGGUUCGGGCUCAGUUUGAGGACAUUGUGCAAGAGAUUGAUGGAGGAUUGGAUCACCUGCAGUGGAGAGGAAACAUUAUUCCCAGACCUCACUUCACUGACACCGAAAGCCUGUUGCUGCGGUAUGAACGCUCCAGAUUUCAGUGCCAUGACCGUCUAGAUCACUCGGAGAGGGAACAGAAUGAGGAGAAAUUUCUCCCACAAUCUGACAUCCAUGUACCAGAGAAAGACAAAGCUCCUGAAGCAGCCGACAGAGAAACCUCACAUGUGGAUGAUGUUGAGGAUAAAAUAGGAGACAUCAUGGUCAUUCAAAACCUGACGGAUGAUUGCGCUACACUUUGCAGUGAUCUGAAUUCAGACGUCAGACUCAGCAGUUUAUUUCAGACAGCAGGACCCGGUUUGCAUUCACUUUUAAAAGACACAACACACACUCCCGAGUCUCUGAAGCAGCAGCGGAGCACUUUGGCCAUGGAGCUGCUGUGGAUUCAGCAAGCCAUCAGUAGCAGAAAAAAGUAUCUCACUCUCAAACAGAGAAUGGAUGCGUCACACUGAUUCUGGACCAGUUUAGAAGUGGACCAACAUUUUGAGAGAGAAUAUUCUCAUUAGUUACUUUGUAAUUCUCACAGCACUGAAUGUUUCAGCGCUGCUGUAAAUAAUGUUUAUUUAUAAGUUUGUUUUGUCCAUGAUAAAUUUGCAUAAUUUUAUAAAGGUGAUAUUUCAUAAAUAAACACAAGGUGCAGUUGGAUGAAGAUUGUGUGAGAUUACUGUUUCUGUGUUACACAAAGCCAAUGCAGUUUAGGCCUGGAUAGCUCUCACAGACUAUUAUUAUGCUCUACAGUAAUAUUCGCACUGAAUAUUUGCUUUUCUGUUUACAUGGUUUUUAUUUUAGAUUUUUUUACCUGUAGUGUCAUUUUACAUAACAUUAAAUAGUUUGUAUUUCUUUGAUGCACUUUGACUCGAACAAAUCAUAUGUAUUGGAUGUUGUGGAAGUAUGACUUCUCCUACUCCUUAGAGGUGAGUGAUAUACAUUAACACAAGAUAAAAUACAUUUUUUGUUUAUUA